UAAAAAAGAAAUUGCAAAGAAUAUUGCAAUGUUAUCGUUUAAAAAAAAUGAGAAAAAUAUAUUUAUAUCGUUAUAUAUUAAUUCAAAUAUUUAUCUUUCUGAUUCAAACUUAUCCGUCAAGUAGUUUUCCUAAAAAUACAAAUUCUACUCUCAGCAAAUUGAAAAGUCUUUUCAAUAAUAAAGAAAAUGAUAAACAAUCGCAUCUGAACGUAUUAGCGGAGAAUAUAAAUAAAAAACUACGCCGAUGUAAACGUGAAUUUCAUAAUCAAAAUAAUUCAAAUAAGAAAUCCCUAAGAAAAAGGGAAACGAACUACAGAACGAUAUUUGAAAACGAUGAUAUUGAAAUACAAGAAAAAGAAGAAGAAGAAGAUAAUGAAGAAGAAUUAAAGCAAGAAGAAACAGAAAGUGAAAAUCAAAAUCGUUUUAAACGAAACGAAAAAAACUCCAAAGGAAUUUUUAAGAAACGUAAAACAAUACAAUAUUUAACAAAUAAAGAAAAAAAUUCCAAAAACCACAAAAAUAGACAAACUUUACAAAAUACAGGAGCAAUUUUAAAAAAUGAAACACAAUUUUCAAAUGAAAUUAGGAAAAAUAAAACAAACGGAAUGAAAGAAAUGAAAAAAGUGGAAUUUUUUGUAAAAGAAAAUGAAUCUGAAAAUGAUUUUGAGAGCAGAGUGGCUCGACAGAUAAGCGAGAGAAUUGACGGAAUAAAAGAGGAAAUAAAACGACAAGUUGAUGAAAGAAAUAAAAUUGAUGAUAUUAUGGAAAAUAAUUACAUGUUCGACGAAUUACAGAGACAAUUGUAUGAGUGUCAAGAUUUUUCAAAUGCCAAAUUAAUCAAGAGGCGAUCUUUCAGGAAACUUGACAGAAAUUCAAGAAAUUCGGCAAAAAAACGUAAGAGAAAAAGAUGCUUAGCACAUAAAAAGUUAAGGCGAAAUAAAUAAUUAAAUCGCCAGAGAGAAAAAAAAUAAUGAUUAAGGAAAAAAAUAUAAUUUAGUAUUAAUUAGUAUCUAGAAAAUAUAAUUAGUCAAAAUUAUCAAUUCAGGUUUCUAUAGAA